UACAUGCAUGGUGAAGUCUUGCCAAGCCAUACCUGCGCUGCAGAAACCCGCCCAACUUCUGAAUAACGACGACAAGAAAAGAUGACCUCCAGUCGUCCAGGCAAAUGCAAAAUAUGUGGUUAAUAGCUUAAUGUGGAAGAGCAUCAGACAAUACUAGUUACAAAAUAAUAAUUACGAUACUUAUUUAGGGUAAUGUCAAUGCAAUUGACUAUUAUUUGAACCAUUUGUUCUAGAAAGAAAAGGGUACAUUCUAAAGGACAAUGUUACUCACUAAAACGUCAUCGUUGAAAUGGAUACGCGCGUUAUUUGCUAUGUGGCUGCAUCUGGCUGUGUGGGAAACGAUGGAGGCUAUCCAUCCAGACUGUGCCCUGGUCUCUCAUCACAUGAAGUCCCAGGAGAGCUGUAUCCACACACGCAGACAGGAAGGCCGGAACCGCUCUGCCAGGACAGGGUGUCGUACAGAGUGGGAUGAGAUCAGAUGCUGGUCACGGGCUGAGGUGGGCCAGAUUGUCAACGUCUCCUGCUCAGACGUCUCCCAGCUCUUCGCAAACAAAGGCUACAUCUUCAGGAACUGUACGAAGGCUGGCUGGACAGAGCUGUACCCUACAUAUGAGGAGGCCUGUGAGUUCGCAGAUGAGUCAGAGACAGGAUCAGAGACAACAUACUUCUACACCAUCAGUCAGGUGUACACCGCUGGAUAUGCCACCUCCCUCGUCUCCCUCAUAUCAGCCAUCUUUGUCUUCACUGUGUUCAGGAAGUUCCACUGUACCAGGAACUACAUCCACAUCAACCUAUUUUCCUCAUUCAUCCUGAGAGCCAGUGCCGUUUUCAUCAAGGACGGAGUUCUGUUCGCUGAUGAGAACCUGGACCACUGCUUCAUGUCCACAAUGGCGUGUAAGUCAGCGGUGGCCUUCUUCCAGUUUAGCAUCCUGGCUAACUACUUCUGGCUGCUAGUGGAGGGCAUGUACCUCCAGACUCUCCUGGCCCUCACCUUCGUCUCACACAAGAAGUACUUCUGGUGGUACACACUCAUCGGCUGGGGUCUCCCAACUACAAUACUGUUGGUGUGGGUUCUGACACGCAACUUCUAUGAUAACCGAGGUUGCUGGGACGACACUGAUGUGGCCUUCAUCUGGUGGAUCAUCAAAGGGCCAAUAACAGCAUCAUUACUGGUCAACUUCAUCAUCUUCAUCAAUGUGAUCCGUAUUCUGGUACAGAAGCUCAAAUCUCCUGGCGUGGGGGGCCACGACACUGGCCACUUCAUGAGGCUGGCUAAAUCCACUCUGUUCCUGAUCCCUCUGUUUGGGAUGCACUACAUGGUGUUUGCCUUCCUACCAGAGAACACAGGAGAGGAGGCCCGUAUCUUCAUAGAGCUGGGCCUGGGAUCCUUUCAGGGCUUUGUGGUGGCUCUGCUCUACUGUUUCCUAAAUGGAGAAGUGCAGGCAGAGCUGAAGAAGCAUCUAUGGAAGUGGCAGAUCCAGGGUUAUCUGCGCUACAGUAGGAGAAGACGUACCCUCUUCACAGAGAGCUCCACUGUCACACAGAUCUCUGUUCUGGAGAAGUCCUCCCCCAAGGAGUUGCCCUGCAUCAGCGACACACACACACUCACACACAUCGACAAACACACACUCACACACACUUCUGUCCCGAGCUGUACUGACACACAAACACUCACACACAGCUCUGUCUCAAUCUGUGACGACACAAACACUCUCACACACAACACCGACUCACUCACACACAACUCAACAGUCUGAGAGAACAAAAAAAUCCCGCUAUCUCUCUCUAUUCCCAACCCUCCCUCUUCUUUUCUUCCUCCCCUCUCUCAAGGAUGGACUACACCUUGACUCUUCAGUGCCCAAAUCUCAGAUAGUCCUCUCAGUCUAGAGAGAUCUAAAUGUUGUUCCAUAGACUGAGCUGUCUGUUGUGUUGACUCACUGGCUUGGCUGUGUGGCUCCAUAGACUGAGCUGUCUGUUGUGUUGACUCACUGGCUUGGCUGUGUGGUUCCAUAGACUGAGCUGUCUGUUGUGUUGACUCACUGGCUUGGCUGUGUGGCUCCAUAGACUGAGCUGUCUGUUGUGUUGACUCACUGGCUUGGCUGUGUGUCUCCAUAGACUGAGCUGUCUGUUGUGUUGACUCACUGGCUUGGCUGUGUUUCCAUAGACUGAGCUGUCUGUUGUGUUGACUCACUGGCUUGGCUGUGUGGUUCCAUAGACUGAGCUGUCUGUUGUGUUGACUCACUGGCUUGGCUGUGGGGUUCCAUAGACUGAGCUGUCUGUUGUGUUGACUCACUGGCUUGGCUGUGUGGUUCCAUAGACUGAGCUGUCUGUUGUGUUGACUCACUGGCUUGGCUGUGUGGCUCCAUAGACUGAGGAAGAGUAAUACAAAAAAAAGCAAAUUAUCGCAAUGGCCACAGAUCGACCAGAUUCCCAAAUGAAGCAAACUUUAUAGUGUCUACAAUAUACUGUAUCUUCCAUAGUACAAGUAAAUACACAGCCUUGUCUGUCAGGGCUUUCUAAAUGGACUGUGCUGUGUUUGGGUGGGUUGCUGCUAUUGUUGCCAGUCAUGGACUUGCUGGCUGUGUGGUCUGGACACUAGACACUAGUGGUCUCUAGUGGAUGCUAGUGGACUCCAGUGGACUGCGCUUGUGUCCAUAGUAGAAAUGGACUGGCCCCGGUGUGUUAGAAAUGCAGAGUAGUGAUAAAUUGAACAUAUUGAUUGAGAGGAAGAGGUUCAACUGACCUCUCUCCCCUCAUCAACCUGAAGGAAGAGGUUCAACUGACCUCUAUCCCCUCAUCAACCUGAAGGAAGAGGUUCAACUGACCUCUAUCCCCUCAUCAACCUGAAAGAAGAGGUUCAACUGAUCUCUCUCAUCAACCUGAAGGAAGAGGUUCAACUGACCUCUAUCCCCUCAUCAACCUGAAGGAAGAGGUUCAACUGACCUCUAUCCCCUCAUCAACCUGAAGGAAGAGGUUCAACUGACCUCUCUCCCCUAAUCAACCUGAAAGAAGAGGUUCAACUGACCUCUAUCCCCACAUCAACCUGAAGGAAGAGGUUCAACUGACCUCUAUCCCCUCAUCAACCUGAAGGAAGAGGUUCAACUGACCUCUAUCCCCACAUCAACCUGAAGGAAGAGGUUCAACUGACCUCUAUCCCCUCAUCAACCUGAAGGAAGAGGUUCAACUGACCUCUAUCCCCUCAUCAACCUGGAGGAAGAGGUUCAACUGACCUCUCUCCCCUAAUCAACCUGAAAGAAGAGGUUCAACUGACCUCUAACCCCUCAUCAACCUGAAGGAAGAGGUUCAACUGACCUCUCUCCCCUAAUCAACCUGAAGGAAGAGGUUCAACUGACCUCUAACCCCUCAUCAUCCUGAAGGAAGAGGUUCAACUGACCUCUAACCCCUCAUCAUCCUGAAGGAAGAGGUUCAACUGACCUCUCUCCCCUAAUCAACCUGAAGGAAGAGGUUCAACUGACCUCUAACCCCUCAUCAACCUGAAGGAAGAGGUUCAACUGACCUCUAACCCCUCAUCAUCCUGAAGGAAGAGGUUCAACUGACCUCUCUCCCCUAAUCAACCUGAAAGAAGAGGUUCAACUGACCUCUAACCCCUCAUCAACCUGAAGGAAGUGGUUCAACUGACCUCUAUCCCCACAUCAACCUGAAGGAAGAGGUUCAACUGACCUCUAUCCCCUCAUCAUCCUGAAGGAAGAGGUUCAACUGACCUCUAUCCCCUCAUCAUCCUGAAGGAAGAGGUUCAACUGACCUCUAUCCCCUCAUCAACCUGAAGGAAGAGGUUCAACUGACCUCUAUCCCCUCAUCAACCUGAAGGAAGAGGUUCAACUGAUCUCUCUCCCCUCAUCAACCUGAAGAGUACAGAGAAGAACAACCAUUUCUACCUUAUGGAUUGUAAAUGCAACAUGUUGCACAGUGCACAAGCAUGUAUGGAGCACUACACUGUAAAGAUGAUUAUUUAUGUAGACCUUGUUUUUUGUUGUUAUUAAUUGUCUUAAAGCCAGUUGAGCUGACAGCCGUUUUGUACUGUUUCGCUAUGGCUUUAGUCAUCCAUCUAGCAAGAGGGCAAUAUUUUAAUGGUGUAGUGUUGUUUUCCCCCAGAAAGCUAUGACCUUUGGCUUUCACCUGGAAUUGUUAUCUAUGUCUGAGGAAAAAAAACAACCUUUCAACCCAUAUGAUCUAGUACACAGUAAAAGUAUACUAAAACAAAUACAACAAUUAUGAAAUGAUAAAAUAACAUACAGUUGGGAAUGAAUAAGCCUUUUCAUACUUUAUAAUAUGUCCAUAUAUAGUUAUAAUCUGUUUUCGGAACAUCUACCCAAAAUAUUUCACAUUCUUUAUUACUCUACCAAACAUACAGUUCCUUCGGAAAGUACUUUCUCCACAUGUUGCUACGUUACAGCCUAGUUCUAACAUGGAUGAAAUGAAACUAAAUCCUCAGCGAUCGAUACACAAUACCCUUUAAUGACAGAGCAAAAACAGCUUUUUAGACAUUUAGCAAAUGUAUAAAAAUGUUUUAACAGAAAUACCUGAUUUACAUAGGUAUCCAGACCCUUUGCUAAGAGAUUUGAAAUUGA